UUGAAUAAUCUCUAAGGCCAGCUGAGCUUCCUCUUUCUCUGCCUCAUUUCCUGAGUCUAUGCACUGCAAUAACUCUUCAGCUUCAGGUCAACAGUCUGAGAAAAUAACUGUGGCCGCACAUCACCUCUCUGCAUGCUCUCCGAAUCCAACUCAUCCAGCCAACCUGACGUGAUCCAGCUCUAAAAUUCCCGAAGGAUGAGUGGCCAUGCCUGUCUUAACAGAGCACCUGUGUCAAGAUUUGGAAGGAUUCUUCAGUGAUCGGAGGCCUAAGUGUCCGAUCGGAGGGCUUGGGAGGAGGGGACAGGCAGGGACACGGCUCUGUCCUGCGGGAUCAGACAGUCUUCAGUAAGAAUCCAUACUGGGAGGACUAAAUAGACACAGCAGGAGAAUGAUCUGAUCACAGAGAGACGUGGACAACGCUAAAACAUCUUCUGAGCACUUUUAAUGAUUCCAGGGAGGGAGCGGCGAGGACGCAGAUGAUGAUGAAGUGCCUGCUGAGCGUGUGAGUCCUGGCUCGUGCUGGCCAGAUGGCUGAGGUUAAAGUCACGGUGCAGGAGGAUCCAAAUCUGGGCUCCGGUCCAGAUGAGGAUGCCUCUGAGUUGUCAGUUUCGGAGAAUGAUUCAGAUUCUGGGAGUGUGCUGUCAGAUGACUCCGUGCUCCCUGACUAUGAACGGGAAGAUGCCAGUGGAUGCUCUGCCAACACCUUGUACCAAGCCUGUGCCAAGAACAAUGUGGCAGCCCUCUGCAGAGUUCUGGAGAGGGGUGUUACAAGAGACGAAGUCAUGGAACUAGACAUAAAUGGCAGGAACGGUCUGAUGGUGGCAGUCUCAAAAGGCUUUGUGGAUCUGGUGUAUGGACUCGAUCAGUGCCCUUUUCUGGAUAUCAAUCAUCAAGAUAAUGACGGCAACACUGCACUCAUGAUUGCUGCACAGGCUGGUUUUGUAAUCAUCCUCACCUACAUCCUAAAUUACUUCAGUGGCGUGGACAUGGAGCUCCGGGACAACCGAGGCUUCACCGCACUCCUCAAGGCAGUCAUGCAGGGCAGCAAUGACUGCGUGGCUUCACUGCUCAUGGCUGGAGCCGACAUAAAUGUUGUGGAUGCCACAAGGGGGAAGGACAUACGAGAAUGGGCUCUGAAGACAGGUCGCUUUGAGACUUUAAACAAACUUAGACGGCUGAACAGCAGGCCUCAGGCUGAACAAUUCAGUGAAAAAUAUGUCCCAGAGUGGCCAGACCUGAAGGAGCUAGUGGCCAAGGCCACAGCCACAAAAAGCACAGGACAGAAAGUUGCCCAUCGCCUGAAGUCCACGUUCACCUUUAAUUUUCCACAUGACCCCCAGGACAAAGGCAUCAUGGACCAUAUGGUGCGCAUGACCACAAGCAUCCACAGUCCCUUGGUGGUCACCGGAUGCCGUCCUUUGUGUCCAUCGAGCCCGCCGGAGAUUGGAAAGAGACGCUUGGCCGUGCCUGAACUGAUGCAGAUGCACCCUGGGAAAAAGCUUGAGGAACAUGCGAUACGGCACAGCUAUGGCUCCAUCUCUGUGGCAUCUACCUCCGCCUCUUCUGUGUCGCUGGGCUCGUGCUGCUCCGACUCGCAGCGGAGAGGCAGCGUGCUCUCCAUGGCCUCCAAUGGAGUUCGCAAGUUUGUCCCGCGCAGCAUGGCCCGCCGCAAUAGCGUGUUCCCCACCGGCUGCGUUCCCCAAAUCAAAGUGACCAAGUCUGGAGAGCCAACACCCAAGAAGGAGAAGAAGAAGAGGCUUACCAAAGGUUACUUAGAGCCACCGAUAUGGAAGUAUAAGGAGGCUAAAGAGGAGAAGAAAAAAGGGAAGAAAAAGGAAAAAGAAGAACAAGAGAAAAGGGAUAAAGGAGCCAAGAAAAAAGCUAACAAAUGAAUAAACUGCCAACAGGUUGCCAUGAUGCUAUCAGACUUGUCUGCCAUCAUUCUAGACCUUUCAUAUCCGUUUCAGGAGUUAAAGGGAAAUGGAUCUUGCUUUCACUGUCGUUUUAAAUGAAUGGAUAGCAGGACAAGGCAGUCUAAAGACAUUUGAUUCAUUUAUGUAAUCUCAAUAUGAUUUAUACCUCUCCAACAACCAGUAGGCCUAUAUUUACAUCCAUUUUGAAUAUUUUCACCUCUGUUUUUCAUUUCUGACGUUUCAGGUCUUCUUCUUUAAUGCUAAGGCAACAUUAUUCAUUGUAAUGGAUGAUUUUACAAAAGACUUUUUAAGCUACACUACCGUUCAGAAGUUUGGGUUCAGUAUGAUUUUCCAUUUUAAUGUUUUUGAAAGUCUCUUAUAUUCACCAAGGCUGCAUGUAUUCAAUACAGUAAAAGCAGAAAUGUUAUGAAAUAUUAUUACAACAUAAAGUAACAGUUUUCUGUUUUAGUAUAUUUUAAAAUAUAAUUUAUUCCUGUGAUGGCAAAGCUGAAUUUUCAGCAGCAUUUACGCAAGUCUUUAGUGUCACAUGAUCUUUCAGAAAUCAUACUAAUAUGCUGAUUUGGUUCACAACAGAAGCUCUUAUUAUUAUAAAUAUUGAAAGUAGUUGGGCUUUUUAAUAUUUUUGUUGAAACUGAUACUGAACUGAUUUCAGGAUUCCUUGAUAAAUAGGAAGAAGAGAACAGCAUUCAUUUCAAAUAGAAAUCUUUUGUUACAUUAUAAAUGUCACUUUUGAUCAAAUUAAUGCAUCCUUGAUGAACAAAGGUGUCAUUUUCUUUAAAAAAAAAAAAAAACAUAAAAAACAUAAAGAAAGAAAAUCAUACUGAGCCCAAACUUUUAAACGGUAGUGUAUUUGUCCCUGUACUGUUAUUGUCAUUUGUCUGCAUUACACUAUUCUGCAAGCACUUUAAUAGUCUUUUAUCAUACAGGCAAAAGGACACUUAGAAUAUUUAUAUUUUCUCUUUGCCUCUAUGCAAUUACAUUUGAAAUUAAAUGGAUGUAUGAAUUUGUUCAUUAUUUUGUCUUUUUGUGUCUCAGGGAAGGCACUUAUUGUGUAUAAAGCCAAGCACUAAAAUGACCCCUUGAAAAGAAAAAUCUAUGCAACACUCGUUUAAUUAUUAUUAUUAUCAUUGGUGUGCGCAUGAUUAUCCUUUAGACUGCAAGAUGGAAAUUGUUCUGUACAUUGCACCAGCUAAUAUGUUAUGUGUUCCUGUUUGUUUUGACUGACUAUACAUUGUUUGUGAUAUCUAGUUGAAUGAAACAUAUAAAGCAAAACAAAAACAAAAAAGAGAGAGACUUAUUCAAUAAAGUUUAAA